AUGGCCAAGGGAAAGCCCGGCGCCAACGUGCAAAACAGAGCCAUCUACUCGCGCAUUUCUUUUCUUCAACAAGCUGCCUUCACGCUCACAUCUAUCGACAACGCAAACCCGCCUGCGCUAGACUGUCAAUCGUCUUCCCCUGGAAGCCCCAGUAAAUCUAGUCCCGUAUUAGCCCUCGAAGGCAUGAGUAGGCGCCUAGCAAGCGAUUUGCGCUCCAUCUCGCUCAAAACUCGGAUUCGGCUCAACCCGGCGGUCAAGCGAGUGAUCUGCAAGUUUUGCGAUUCGGUUCUCAUUGAUGGGGAGACCUGCACAUCUACAAUCGAAAACAAAAGCAAGGGCGCCAAAAAACCGUGGGCUGAUGUCCUAGUUCGAAAAUGCCGGACAUGCGGGCGAGAGAGGAGAUACCCGAUGAGCGCGGGCAGGCCGAAACGGAAAACGGAACGGCAAGUCGUGGGGCAGCCCCAUGAAGUACAGAAGCAGCCAAUCCCAAAAAGUUAG